AUGGAAAGCGCGUACUUUGACACUUCCACAGCGCAUGCCCUGGACAAUUCGGACUGGCAGCAGUCGCAGUGGUGGACAAGCUUAAUGGAAUCACCACCGCUGCAGGCUGAUCAGGAUGAUGACUUCUCGUCCAUGGCACUAGCACCUCCCGACUAUGCACAUUUUUACAGAGAAACCGGGCAAUCUCAGCCUACCCCCUACUCUCAGGCUUCCGAGUCAGGUGGAUUUGAUUGGGAUGCUGAAAUAGCAGCAGCAGAGUUGUAUUACAACCAGGCUGGUUUUUUUGAUGCACCUGCAGCAACCAGUGGAGGUCACUUUGCCCACGACCCAGAGAUGCCGCAGGCUUCGGGAAGUUCACAGAGAGCCAGUCGUGAGAUGAACUCCCGUCUAUCUACCACACGCUUCGAUCCUCCACCGCGAUCAAAUCGAUACAUGCCUUAUCCCAUCCCAGCUAGGUUUCUUCGACCUCCUGCUAUCCCUAUUCCCACUGAUCAGGGUGACAUGAGUGAGGGGUCUUCUCACUCUCUGAUGUCCACCGUGCCCUUUUCUACCUCGAUAACACUACCGCAGCUUGUCACGGUGAUACCUCAGGCUAUACCACCACCUGUGGUACCUCAGACCCUACCGCUACCUGUAGUACCUCAGGUCCUACCACCGCCUGUGGUACCUCAGGUCCUACCACCACCUGUGGCACCUCAGAUCCUACCACCGCCUGCCGUACCUCCUGUGGUACCACCAGCGCCCACAGACAUCAUAUUUGGUCCUGAAGCUGUGACACGGGUGCAGUUGCUGGCCCGGGAACGUAUGAAGACCCGGAUAGUCGAAAUUUCCUUCCUAAUGACAUCAAAAGCCAGUGCAACCUUGGCACAACAAAGUCUCGACCAGACUGUGUUGACUUAUAACAAUCCUGACAUCACCGAAUGGAGCAGGGGUAGCAAAGCGCAAGCACAAGUAGCCAUAAUGGCCAAUACCAUCAAGAAUCUACGGGACAGUAUCAAGAGCCUCGUACGGAUCCAUGUUGUUUUGGCUUACGAACUACACAAAGUGUUGACCUUGCAAACACAAACGGAGGUGGGGAUCAUCAUCCAAAACCUCCUUCAAUAUCACAACUUCCUUUACGGAGAGAUCAAUUCAGGUGGGAGGACAACUUGUAAGGGUGCCCUUUGGGCACCCCGCAGUACGGGACUUCAUGAGACACCUGUUAUUCCAUGA